AUGCUUAAAGGUGUAAAAGUAAGAAAGGUUUAUGAAGAUGAAAUUGAAGAACCUGUUAGAUAGAGUAAUUACUUAUUGUUGAUUAAUAGAGAAAGUUAGAAUAAUGGAUGAUCAAUUACACAAGUAAAGGAUUAAGGAAAAGGGACAAUAAUUUGAUGAUUUAGAAGAUGAUGAUCAAAAACCAGAUAAUUAGAAAACAAAAUAAGAAAAGUAUAAGGAGAAUUAAAAGAAGGGUGAAAUGUUGUUUUAGUAAAGAUAAUAAUAGAAAGCAAUUUCUGAAUGUGAAUUUUGUUUGAGCAAUGAAUAAUUAAGUCAAUAUUACAUUCUAAGUUAAAGUACUAAUGCAAUGCUUGUAUUGCCAAAAUCAAGUAAAAUUAUAUGAGUUAUUUUAAGGGUUUUAUAAUGCUUAUACUCAUAUAUUAAUAGUGCCAAUGGAACAUGUUUAAUGUAUUAGAGAUGUAGAAGAUGACACAUAUGAAGAAAUUAGAAACUUUUAGAAAUGUUUGGUAGGUGCUUUUGAUAAGGUGAAUAUGGAAUGCAUCUUUUAUGAGAAUGCUUUUAAGUUUAAAUAUGUUCCUCAUGCAAUUAUUGAAUGUGUUGCUAUACCAUAUAAGAUUAGUAAGGAAGCUAAUUUAAAUUUAUAUUUCAAAUAAGGAAUGGAUGAAUUGGAUGGAUUUUGGUCAACUCAUAAAAAGAUUAUUGAAAUUCAAAAGAAUAAGGGAGGAAUAAGAAAAUAGAUUCCUAAAGGAUUUGCAUAUUUUUAUGUAGAUUUCAGUUUAAAAUUGGGAUAUGCUCAUGUAAUAGAGAAUGAAAAUAAUUUUUCAUCUAAUUUUGCAAGAGAGAUAUUGGCAUCAAUAUUGAGUGUAGAAAAAUCAAAUGUGUUGAGUCCCAAACCUAGAACUGAAAUAGAAGCCAAAUAAGAGAAUGAUGCAUUUUAAUUAAUAUGGAAAUAAUAUGAUUGGACAGUAUUAAGAUAAUGA